AUGGCUUCAUCCCAGGGCAAACCCAAGCCGGGUUGGCGGGCACACUCCUUGAACCCAUUCAAAACCAGGAGCCAAGUGCAAGUUGAACCAGUUCCUGUCGAGAAAAUCUCUCAAUCUCUCCCCAUCAAUGCCGUCUAUUACCCAAAUUGGCGAGUCUACAAGGGAUUUCCUCCGUCCUCGCUGAAUUUGAAAUAUGUCACUCACCUCUUCUACGCAUUUGCAUGGGUGAGAAAUCAGGGUCAUUUGUUUUUCAGCGACGAGUACGCCGACAGCGAGAUCGACAUUAACGGCGAUGGUAGCGUGAAAGGAUGUCUCAAUGAUCUGAGGUCUCUUAAGAAGCGUUAUCCGAACAUCAAGACAAUUCUCUCGGUUGGCGGAGGAGGAGAAGGUAGUGCUCCUUUUCCUGCAGUCGCCAGCAAUGGAAUCGUCAGAUCAAGUUUUGCCCAAAGCGCAAGACAGAUGGUGGAUGCAUUUGGAUUUGAUGGCGUAGAUAUCGAUUGGGAACAUCCAUCGGAUCCUAAGCAAGGCCAGCACUACGUCCAAUUACUUGCAGCACUUCGGAAAGAAUUGCCUGCCCCAAGUUAUAUCCUGACCUCUGCCCUGCCUGCUGGUGAAUGGGCCUUAAGGAACAUUGAUCUUGGCAAAGCUUCUUCUCAUUUGGAUCUAAUCAACUUGAUGACUUACGAUUUCUCCGGACCUUGGACAAAUCUUUGUGGUCAUCACGCCCAGCUUUACAGCCCGAAGAACCCUCACAACGAGGCUGCCAGAGUCUCAUGUAGCUCAGCAGUGGCCUACGCCCAGUCGCGAGGCGUACAGGCUAGGAAGAUUCUGCUUGGCGUCCCUGCGUAUGGACGUUCCUUCCUGGGUGCUAGCAAGCCAGGAGACCGUUUCACAGGCCAUGCAGGCGAGGAAGGUAGCUUCGAGUACAAGGAUUUGCCACGGCCCGGAGCUGUUGUAAAUCUUGAUAAGGAAGCAGGUGCCGUGUAUUGCGUCGGCGGUGAUGGCGGCUUUGUGAGCUAUGAUGAUGUUGACACUGUCCAAAUGAAGGCUACGUUUGCGCUGAAAGAGGGUCUUGCGGGGCUGUUCUUCUGGACUGGAACGGGAGACACGCAAGACUCCACAAGCUUAGUGGAGGCAAGCUACCGAUCCUUGUAUCCUCAGCAUUCCAACGGAGUGUAA